UGUCACGGGCGUAGCUGGAUGCUGGAUCGUCUCUCUCUCUCGCGCGCGCGCGUGCCGCAGGGAGGCGCUUCCUUUUCUUCUUCCUCUUUCUCCUAAUCACGUCUCUCACGUCGCCCUCGCCGUCGACGACGUCGCCGGUGUCGUCGUCAUCGCUAUCGUCGCCGCCGUUGGCGAUCAUUCUCGAUCGCAGCGUCGCGCUCGUUGACACGGCCCGAUCGUCGUCCCCGAGAGCAAGGAGAAGGUGCUGGAGAAAAGGGAGGCCGACGACGAAGGAUUUCUCCUGCCGGCGUGACAAAGGGAGAGGGGGAGAGAGAGAGAGACAAGCAGACAGACAGAAAUAGACCGAGAGAGAGAGAGAGAGAGAGAGAGAGAGAGAAAGAGAGAGAGAGAGAGCGAGAGAGAUAGGAGAGUGAGAGAGAAAGACGAGAGAGAGUGAAAAGGAGAGAGAGAUAGAGAUAGACAGACAGAGAUAGACAGAGAGAGUGCGAAAGAGAGGGAGAGAGCGAGAGAGAGAAAUGGACAGGUGGAUGAAGACAGAAAGGGGAGAGAAGUAGACGGAGGAAACGAGGAAUAUAGAGAAAGAUAGAGACAGACCGACUGUGUGAGGGAGGUGUUGCUCAAGUAGUGCUCUGUGUAUGGUGCAGUAACGGUGCUGUGCUCGAGAUAGAGAAUGGCAUGGACGGAUUUUCGCGUGUAUCUCGCCGUGACGUAGCAAGUCGGCUCUGAAAACGGGGGUGCUAAGCUGAGGAAUGGAGGGAACGUGGCAGUGGGAGCAGCGAAAGCACUGCCAUAUCAUUCUGCUCAACUCUUCGUCGUACCUAAAGGAAAACCCGGAACAGGCUGCAGAUGAACGGAAACGAUUGCAUGAAGGCUAUUGCAAGGAAGGAGAUAUCCUGAAAACAGGGAAUCGCAUGCCAGGUCUGUAGCAUAGAGACAGGGCAUAGAGGGGCCCCCGUCAAGUGUCACCGAGCGGAAAAGAGGGUUCGUCAUGGACCCGAUGACGCAAGUCGUACCUCACUGAGCGAUGCAAGUAAUUAGGGCCGGGGCCCUGCUAGUGAGCAUGUGGCUCACUAGAGAAUGAAGAAGCAAAACGUCCGGACUUUAUCAUUAAUCGUCUUCACGCUUACCUAUCUCCUCGUCGGUGCUGCAAUCUUCGACGUGCUCGAGUCCGAGACGGAGAAAUCACGCAAGGAAGCAUUAGAUGACCUUGAAAAAAUGGUCAUACGAAAAUAUAAUAUAAGCGCGGACGACUUCAAGAUCAUGGAAACAGUGGUGCUGAAGACGGAACCUCACAAAGCUGGCCAACAGUGGAAGUUCGCUGGCGCAUUUUAUUACGCUACAACGGUCCUCACCACGAUAGGUUACGGACAUUCCACGCCGAAUACUAUAUACGGCAAACUAUUCACAAUGUGCUAUGCAAUUAUCGGUAUCCCAUUAGGACUCGUAAUGUUCCAGAGCAUAGGAGAACGCUUGAAUAAGUUCUCAUCUGUCGUGAUACGGAGUGUAAAGCAGCUUCUAAACUGUAAGGACGUUCAGGCCUCGGAGAUAAAUCUCAUCUGCGUGGUAACGACGUUAUCUUGCUUGACCAUCGCUGGCGGUGCCGCGGCAUUCUCCAGAUAUGAGGGAUGGUCCUACUUCGAUUCUAUUUAUUAUUGCUUUAUUACUCUGACGACAAUCGGUUUCGGCGAUAUGGUCGCGCUGCAAAAGGACAACGCACUCAACAACAAGCCCGAGUACGUGAUGUUCGCUCUAAUAUUUAUUCUCUUCGGUUUGGCGAUCGUGGCGGCUUCGCUUAAUUUGCUGGUUCUGAGAUUCGUGACCAUGAAUACGGAGGAUGAAAGACGAGACGAGGCCGAAGCGUUACAGGCGGCCCAGGGCGCGGUUCGUCUCGAGGGCGACGUGAUAACAGCGAACGGCUCGAUAUUAUCCGGUCAGAUCGGCAAUCACGGUAACGCAUUGUCGUUCGACGAUGAGGCGUCGGUGUGCAGCUGCCGCUGCAGCGGCUUCCAGAGAAAGCGGCGGAGACCGCGUUUCACGGUUCGUCGAUCGCCCGGCAAGAUCUCGCACUUGCUGCCGAUGCAACAGCUGUCGGCGUUGAACGUGCAAUGCGGCGAGCUGCACUCGCCGCCGCUCAUGCCGCUGGAAUUGCCGCCCCUAUAUCAGCAUCGCGCCAGCAUCUGACGUUGCUCCGCCGCGAGGAGCGUGGUACUUUUGGAGCAAGAGCAUUACUACCACGAGCAGCCGCGGCGGGUUUCCGUCUGAGGAGAGAGAGUUUCUGCCCGACAGGGCCGCCGACUUCAACGAAUUUUAAUCGUCGUCGAGACACGCUAUCAUCACCGCCACUCUCCCAGUUCUCUUCCUCUCGUUCUACCUUUAUCUCUCUCUCUCUCUCUCUCUCUCUCUCUCUCUCUCUCUUAUCUUCUUCCUAUUUAUAUAGCUCUUUCUCUCUCCCCUUGUCCCGUGUUCACUCUCGUCGAACGAGAGUAGAGUCUCGUAUAGAUAGCUAAGAGAUUGGAUUGUGAUUCGAAGUUGGAUCGCCGGGACUACUCGACUCGAGUUGUUCAAUCUGAAUCGAGCUAACGGGGGGGUAGCAAACGGCGCCGGAUGCUCCUCGAUGAAAAUGUUUGUCUUUCCCGAUUCGUAACACGACACAUAUGCGAUGAAUAAUUCUUCCACUCUCUCGCGAUCUACACCGUUGCCGUUCAAGUUUAUUCACGUUCGCAUAACCGAGGAUAUUAGGAUAAUAUUCAACGAUAAUGAAUUUCUAACACGUAUGCGCUACCGAGUAAGGAGUGAGAAUCGUCGAGUAAGAAAUGAGAAUUGAUCCUCGAGAGAUUGAGACGAAAUUUUUUCCGUUCGGAUUAUCGUAAUAAAUGGCUGUGUCGUUCGUUGACAUCAUCAAGUGCGACGUGUGAUAAAUUUAUAGCCAGGUAGGUUAUUUUUAGCCCGUAGUUAACAACAAGUUACUUUUGACCCAUUAUUGAUCGAAAUAAUUUUCUUGAGAAAUAAUACAUAUUUAUUGGAAUAAUCUUUUAUUUAUAAUUAUUUUUAUCAAGUUGAUAUAGAUCCUUUUUUAUUAAAAAUCUCGAUUGCAUUUUGAAACAAUGUUAAUGCUGAAUAUACCUUAUAGCUCACACAUUUUGAACAUUAAUUAAGAUUUGAAAUAUUCAGCAAUACGAUUCUCGCAAACUCGUUUUUUUUUUUUUUUAGUAUUUUUGCGAUAUAUUUAAUCGUGUCUUUAAAAAAUACAAUAGAACGAGAAUUGUGGAAUCAUGUCGCAAGUGCGAUUAGGCAGUGAGCAGACCUUGAAAAGUUGUGCGCGUACAAAAGGCUGUGUGCGGAGGUGAUCUUGUGUGUAUCUUUUGCAGCCGAGAGAUACGAAAAAAUAAAGUGCGAAUGGUAAGAACGAAAGGGAGCGAAUGCGAGACACGCAUGCUGAAGCGAUAUCGUGAACGAAUGCGAGUUGGUGUGCACGUGGAAACGCGUCUGUGGGCAAAAAUAUAAAAAUGCGUCGAUACAAACGCUAAAUAUAUAUAUAUAUAUAUAUAUAUAUAUAUAUAUAUAUAUAUACAUAUAUACAUAUAUACAUAUAUAUACAUACACCUCUCUUACGUUCUCGUUCUAAUGGGAGAGAGAGAAGUAUUAUUAAAGAAAUAAAUAGAUACACACCAAGGGAUGAUAUACACAAACCGACACGAUUUUUUCCAAUUAAGAGAAGACAUUUUACAAUUUGUAUAUAAUAUAAAGUAUAGAGAAAAAACUACGAUUUUAGGUAUACGAUACACACGAAGCGUUCCGAUCUUACGGAGAAAUGUGUAUAAUACAUACUUGUAAGAUACGUCACAUUAUUAUCAUGCGGGUUCGCGAAAUACGUGAUAUAUAUAUCCUCCUCCCCCUCCAAAAAAAAAAUUUCGAGACUCUCCAUUUAUUAUUAUUUAAGUACAGAUUGAGAUUGUCAAAGUGGCCACAGCUACAUAAAUUUUGUAGAUUUUAGCUGCCGUAGGUCUCCUCAAACACAAGCGCUCGGCCGAUGACAUUACGAAGUGAUGAGUAUAUGCGAGAAAAAUUGACAAAUUUGCUUCCCCGAAUUGAUCGUUUACAAUUUACCUACGAAGAGUCAAUCCAUCGAAACAAGAAGUACGUAUUCCCGAUAGAUGCAUUAUCAUAUUAUAGGAUGAACACGAGCGGAACAAUUCUCUUGCCUUUUGAUCGAGAAAAGUAGAAACCUAUUUGGAUAUUUUUAAGACGUAUACUGGAUUGCACAUGUAUAAGUAGAAGACGUUUCUUUAUCCAAUCGAUGGUCUACACAAGAAAACGCCGACGGGUACGGCAAUUUUCUCGUGGAAAUGUCUUUUGUCAUUCGACUCAAAUGCGUGAGCCAUGUGUGUGUUUGCAUGUAUAUUAUGAGACGUAAGAUUUUCAAGAAAUCAAAUAUUUUAGAUCACACACAUUUGAAAACAUUAAUAUUCACACAUCACGACCAAAUGUAAUUUAUAAUAUUAAAUGAAUAUGAUCGGAUUAAGGAGCUGCGAUGCGCAAUCUCUCUUGUAUGAGUUUUUGAUUUUAAUCAAUAUGAUGAUACAUGUAUACAUAUAUAUAGGGUGUUCCAGAUUAGGUCAAUGAAAUUUCAGGAUUUUAUAGGAAAUUGAAUUUGAGAUAAAAAAGUUUCAACAUAUAUCCGAAAACGCCUCGUUAAAAAGUUAUAGCUAACAAAAUCUCUGUAAGUAAUUAGUUAUGAAAAUUUAAUAAGAACACUUUUAUAUUUGCGUUUGUAAUGUUUGUACGAAUGCAGGGUUUACACAAAGUCGAAAGAUGGUUUUUUUCAAGUUUCUGAUUUUUUCGUUUCUUCUUUUGCACGCCUAGAAUUAAAUAAAAUUGGCGUAAUUUGUUUUGUUAUUUGAUUAGAUUUAUUUUGCUAUUAUUUUCAAAUAAAUGAAGGGUUUAAAGUUAUUUUAAAGUUAUAUUUUUAAGAAUCAUCAAAAAAAAAAACUUUAUUUUUCGAAGUUUGUUAGUUAUAAUUUUUUAGCGAAGCACUUCCGGACUUAUGUUUACCAAAACAUUUUUGUCCAAAUUCAAUUUUUUAUAAGACCCUGAAAUUGGCUUGACUUGGAACAUUUUGUACAUACGUCAAACGUUCGUUUACAAUUUAAUAUAAAAUUAAUUUCCUUUAUGACAGCAAGCAUGAUUACGAUGAAACAGCCGUACUUGUUGACCGUUUAUGGUUGCGCAUUUCACUUAUAAAUAUCUUACUCUACGAGAAAAAAAAGAAAAGAUGAUAAAGAACCGCUAGAAUUUACUCCCGUUCAUUAAUAUUAAUUACGGCGAAUUAAGUCUGUAAUAUAUUAUAAGUAGUAACAAAUAAUACGAUCGCGCAGGUCGUAAAGGAUUUUUAUGAGAUAAGGAGGGUAAUAAGAGAAAAAUUAACUUAACGAAAAUAAAUUAAGUGAACACAUAAUUAGCCAUGCAUCUUGUAUUAAUCGAUGAUCGAUGUAACUUUUAUUUGAUUCACCCUCCUUGACGCAUCAUUUCAACUCGUUUAAGCUAAAUAGCAGUAACGAUCAUAAACUUUUUAAAACAACGUAAAGAUAUUUUACAAUUUGAAACGAUCAACAUUUGUCACACAUUUGUUCUUAAAAUUCGUAGUUUAUUAUAUCGAACUUUACGCUAGUCUUCAUGUAACGUAAUAAAAUUUUGAAUAAUCGGGUAUAUAUAUACAAUUUUUUUAAUUCUCAGGUGAACAUUAUAUAGCAUCUUAAGAUAAUACAAGAAUUAUAUACACUUUCAUAUAAUAUUUUAUAUUUAUUGUAACAUUCUAUAAAAACAAGUAAUUGAGCUUAUAAUAAUCGAAGCUAUAGAAUUAGCUGAAAAAGACGAUUUCUCGUUUGUUUUGAUCUUAGUUAUUAAAUAGGUAGCAUAAAAAACUGCUAUAUAUAAUAUAUCUCAUUGGAAUAUAACUUAAUUAGUAAUAAUAGUAUGAUUUGAUUUAUUAUAUUCUAUACUUACGUAAUUGAUCUAAUAUCUCUUCUAAUAAUCUAUAAAGUUAUUUCUCUCUCCUUAAGAUGCUUAUUGCGAAAAUUUGAUAUCUAAAAGAAUAUGAUUUUGCUGCUAAGAGAACAUUUCUUAUAUUUGCCUAUAUAUAUUUAAACAUUUCGCAAAAUAAAAAAUUUUAAAUGGAUUGUGUUCACAUCGAUUUAGCUAAAAUGCAGGCUGAAAUGAUGUAUUAUUUGACGUGAAUGCAACGUUCAAAAAAAAAAUAUUCAAAUAUAAUGUUAUCAUUAUAAUUAUAUCGCAGUGCUAUAAUUUUCUUGCAUAUCUUUAAAUUGCCAUUACUUGUAUUUUGAUAAGCGAAAAGUAUGAGAGAGAAAAAGUGCUAAUAAAAUAUAUUUAAACAUCAACACAAAUUUUGUUGUAAGUAAAAAAUUUUAUUGUCAUAUAUUAGAAUCUUGAAUAUUGACGAACAAUUAAUGAUAGUACAGAGCAACAUGGCAAAUAGUUCACAAAUUUCUAGGAUAGUAUACAUUUAUAUGCAAUUUCCCUAUUUUUGUGAAAAGAUUACUUUCGAUUGACGCAUCGUAUUAAGAAUGAAGCAGAAAUAUAUAAUUUCUAUGACAUAUGCAUUAUUAUAAUAUAAAUGGCCAUAAAACUGAAUAUGAGAAGUUUCUAUUGAUAAUAAUUGUAAAUUGUGAAAACGCGACACUGCUCGCCGCAAAAAAAUUUUUAUUAAUUGUAUAAUAUAUUGUAAUAUAUAUAAAGCAUUUCUGUCUAAAAAAAAAAUACACUUGAGACGAUUUGCUUCGCAUCUAAUUUGACGAUUUUCGACGAUCAUUUAACGACAGUCACCUGAAGUUUAUAAUUGUAUCAAAUGUUCCAUCAGGAUUAUUAUUUAUAAUUUCUUUAACUGUAGCUGUAAUUUACCUGUAAUCUUUAUAUAACAAAGAAAUUAAUUUUUUUAUUAUUAAUAUUUUAAGUGACACAUCUUACAUGAAAAAGAUAUAGUGGCUGGAACGUUGUCGAACUAGAUCGAAGCAUACGUGACACUUCUUACAUACGAGGAAAUUGUACAAUAUAGAACGAGACAUACGCUUUGUUGAAUUUGCUAUAGAAUUAUGUUCAUUUCCAAUUGCCUUUCCCAAUUGAUGUUUUGUCGUUCAGCUUCCUAAAAAUUUCGUCGAUACAGCGUGAAGUGUACUAGAUAUGCCAAAACUAUCAACGAUUUUACGACCAACGCUAACUUAGUUAAUUCCAAUAUUGAUGAUAUAAGAUCAUUUUUGGACUAUAGUCUAAUUAAUUAGAACACAAUAAGAGAUGUCUGAGAACUUCUUGCAUAUUUUUUUUUUAGAGACCAAUUUAAUUUUAGAAAUUGUAUGACAGCAUCAUGGAUUGCUGUUACACUUAAUUGUGUGAAAAGAGUAAUUGUACAAAUACAUAAUAUGUGUCUAAAAUAUUCGCUUAUUCUAAAUAAAAAUGCAAGAAUGUUUAUUUUGGACAUGAUGCUUAUUCUAUUAGAUAGACUAUAGUUCUUAGUUUAAAAAUUGAUUUGAAAAUUAUGGAAAUAAUACAUCAGCGGCCUUCCAAAUACUAGGAUAUCUGAAAUUAAAAGGACGUUUCAUGUGUAAAGCGUUAGAAAUAUAAAAAUAUGAAAAAAGUAUUAAAAUGUUAUUAAUAUUGUAAUAAUUAAUUUAUUGAUCGAAAAGGUUUACAAUAUAAUUUAUUACUUCUGCGUCAUAGCACAUAAAUUCUAUUGAUGCGAUAUUUGUGCGAUAAUGUAUAUUAAUACCAUUGUGGAGCUCUUGAUUCGUUCUUUUAAUUUGGGUUUCCGAAAAAUUCAAAGAGGAGUAACAGUACAGGCAAGUGCCAGAUGUAAAUCAACUAUGUGCUUUGUGCACAUGUAACGUGCAUACACUCAAUGGAACACACACACACACACACACACACACACACACACACACACACACACACACACACACACACACACACACACACACACACACACACACACACACACAUAUAUACACAUACAUUCACAGAUUCAAAGAAAGAUUUAAACUUUGUGCAUUUUUAACUUUGUAUUAAGUAGGUAACGAACCCGAGGAGUCUACUAUUAAUGUUACCUUACACAAAUAUAACAAUAAUACUUGUAAUAGCUGUGUAAAUUUACAUUAUGAAAUAAUCACAGAGAUAUGGAAUUUAAAAAAAGAUUCAAACACUCAUGCAAUUUUGCUAUUAUUAUAAUAGCGUAAAAUGUAAGUACACAUAGUUACAAAUUUAAUAAACUAUUAGUCGAUUAAUUAAUUAACAAUUAGUCGAUUAAUUAAUUAAUUACAAAGCAUCGAAAUAAUGCAAUUUUAUCGUGAUCUUAAUCGAUUUAAUCAAUUGCGCGUUUUUAAAUCGCGGGAAAAAAAUAAAAAAUUUAUAUAUAUAAAAUAAGUACAUGCAGAAGUAUAUUCGGACAUUGUAUCUUCAAAAUUUAUAACAGUUCAUGCUUCUAUUAUUCUAUUUACGAUAAUUCAUCGGCUAUAUCUUCCGAUAACAAUGAUGGAAUGUAAAACAAUUUUUAAAGAAGGUUGCAUCUAAUAAAUUUUAUUCGACCGAAUUAUUCAACAAGUAGAGAAUUUGAUCGCCUAUUUCUUUCAAGAAAGAAGAAAUACUUUCAAGGAUGUAUUGACAGAAAGAAAACAAUUGACUUUAAUUACAUGCGAAAAUUAUGAUUUGCGAUAUUAAAUAUUGUAAGAAAGAUUCAUAUACACAAUGUUCCUCGAAUAAUUAUGGCCACAUGUUCAUGAAAUAACUGAAAGAAAGGAGACUACAUAUCUCUUAUUUUCAUGUAUUAUAAAUAAUGUAUCCUUCAAGGGCCUUCAGGAAGCCACUCAUGAUCGAGACGCAAAGUUUGACAUUCAAAAGUUUGAGAGAGAAUAUGAACAAAAUAAGAGAAAGGGUGAAAUUUGAAGAUAAGACGCGAAAGAGAUUGGUCGGAAUCGAUUCUCAAAUCCCCUGCCUGCACACACCGCCAUGUGUAACGACAUUUAAAUGGAUCGUAAUUUGUAAAUUAUUAUGGACU